AUGUUAACUUUGGAGAACUUCAAAUAAACAUCAUUCAAGUAACCAAUAAUAAACAGGUAAUUUGCCUAAAUACUCAAAGCCCACGGUCUAUUGAGGCUUGUCGUUUGUGUGGAAUUUUGCCAGAGGAGCUAAUUUAAAUUGGUAUUAAAGAACUCAAAAAAAGAAAUCCAGAGUUGAGAUUAAAUAAAUAAGGAUGGGAGAUUAUGUGGCAACAUCAUGAAAUAAGAAGAUAAGAGAAACUAGAAGCAUGUCUUGAAGCUAGAUAAUAAUUAAUUGAUGCAGGAUUUAAUUUUAAUAAUCAAGAAGAGGAAGAAUAGGUUAUGGAAAAUUCAGAUCAAUUAUAAGCAAGUCAAAAUUAAUAGGAAUUAGAGAAAAUAUAAUGGAGAUAAUAAAAAGAGAUUUAAUAAAUGCUUGAACAUGAAAGAAAAUAAUAAGAGAUUAGAGAAAGAAAUGAAUCAAAAUAACGUUAAUUGUAAGAGAGAUAAUAGAGAAGAGAGGAUUAUUUAAGAUAAAGUAGAGUUAAAUAAGAAUAUGAUCGUGUAUAAAGAGAGAGAGAUAGAUAGAUAAAAUAAUAACGGGAAGAAUAAAAAUAAAAAAAAUUAGCAAAAUAAUAAUAUAAAAAAGAAUUACAUAGAGUAAAAUUAGAAUAAUAAAGAUAAAAGGAAUUAUAAUAAGAGUAUAGAAGAAGAGAGGAGGAAAGAAAAUAGAGAUAAUAAUUAUUUAAAGAAUAAAUGUAAGAAAUACAAUUAAGACAUGAAAUGGAAUUAUAAGUUAAGAGAUAAAUUAUGGAAAUGAAAGAUAGAGAGAGAUUGGAGAAAUAGGAAUAAUCUAGAUAAGAGAAGAUAAAGAUUUCUUAAUAAGCUUAACUUGAAUUGAAAUAAAAAUUGUAGACUGCUAAAUAUCUAUAAAUGGAGAAAUUAGAAAGAAUGAGAGAAUAAUUUGAAGAAAAAUAAAGAAAAAUUGAGGAAAGAAGAUAAGAAUUUGAGAGAUAAAAAGAAUAGAAAAUAAUAGAAAAUUAUAUUUAUGCAUAAUAACAUUAAGAAAAAAUGAAAUAAGUAAUUGAGAAAGUUUCAAAUUAAGAAGAAUAAAAAUAUUAUGAUUAUUAAUAAAGAUAAGAAUUUGUAAAUUAAAGAAAAAGAUAAUUAGAAUUAGAAAAAUUAUAAGAAUUAUUGAUAAAAAAAUAAUAAUAAGAAGAGAAAGAAUAGUAAAGAUUAGAUGCUAUAUAGAAUGCUGAAAAAAAUUAAUAAAUUAAAGCUAUGGAAUUAAAUAAUAAAUUAAUACAAAAAGAAUAAAUGAUUUUAGAAAAGUAAAUGGAAAAAUAAUAAAUUUAAGAAUAAAUCAAAUUAUAAGAAAUUCUAAAAAUGAAAGAUAAAAAAGAAGCUUUAGAUAGAUUAUAGAGAAAAUAAGAAUAUGAAAAAGAAAUUUUAAGAUAAAAAAUAGAGGAAAAGAUGAGAAGAACUGAAAAUUUACAAUUAUAAAAAAGUAGAAUUUUAGAUUAAAGAUUGUAGAUGAAAUAAAUAGCUAAUUUGUAAAAAGAAGAAUUAAAACAUUAAUUUGAAUUAAUAAAAUAAGGAAAAAUUGAUAUACUUUAAUAAUCAAUACAAAAUGAAUCCCAAUAAUAAGGAUAAAAUUAAAUUGAAGAUCAUCCAAUAUCAACAUAAAAAAAAGGAAGACGUAUUAUCUAUCAAGAUUAAUUUAGCUUAAACUGCACUUCCAAAAUAGAAAGCAGAAGUUUAAAGACCAAAAUCUGCACUUACAAAGAAAGUUCAAAAUGAAGAGAAAAAGUAAUUGAAAAUUAAUUAUGAUCCUUAAAAAUAAUAUGAAUUAGAAUUUUUGGAAUAAUAAUAAUAAGAAGAGAUGAUUAAUGUAUAAAAACAUACAAUAUUUUUAGCUUUUGGAGAAUGAAUAAAGAUUAGAAUAAGAAAGAGAAAAACAAUUAUAUUAAAUUGAAAAUAAACAAGAAUAACUUAGAUUAGAGAAAAUAUUUUAGAUUGAAAGAAAAUAAGCAAAAUAAUAAAUACUUGAUUUGUAAGAAGAACAUAAAAAAUAGAUUGAAGAAUUUAUGUUUAAUUGAUUAUUUAAUAUAAUAAUAUGUAAACAAAAGCAUAAUAGUUUAAAAUCUAAGGAAAUGAAGCUUUUUAAAAUUAAAAAUAUUAGGAAGCCAUAUAAUUCUAUUCUUAAGCUAUUGUAAAGUAAUAAAUUNAAUUGAGGAAAGAAGAUAAGAAUUUGAGAGAUAAAAAGAAUAGAAAAUAAUAGAAAAUUAUAUUUAUGCAUAAUAACAUUAAGAAAAAAUGAAAUAAGUAAUUGAGAAAGUUUCAAAUUAAGAAGAAUAAAAAUAUUAUGAUUAUUAAUAAAGAUAAGAAUUUGUAAAUUAAAGAAAAAGAUAAUUAGAAUUAGAAAAAUUAUAAGAAUUAUUGAUAAAAAAAUAAUAAUAAGAAGAGAAAGAAUAGUAAAGAUUAGAUGCUAUAUAGAAUGCUGAAAAAAAUUAAUAAAUUAAAGCUAUGGAAUUAAAUAAUAAAUUAAUACAAAAAGAAUAAAUGAUUUUAGAAAAGUAAAUGGAAAAAUAAUAAAUUUAAGAAUAAAUCAAAUUAUAAGAAAUUCUAAAAAUGAAAGAUAAAAAAGAAGCUUUAGAUAGAUUAUAGAGAAAAUAAGAAUAUGAAAAAGAAAUUUUAAGAUAAAAAAUAGAGGAAAAGAUGAGAAGAACUGAAAAUUUACAAUUAUAAAAAAGUAGAAUUUUAGAUUAAAGAUUGUAGAUGAAAUAAAUAGCUAAUUUGUAAAAAGAAGAAUUAAAACAUUAAUUUGAAUUAAUAAAAUAAGGAAAAAUUGAUAUACUUUAAUAAUCAAUACAAAAUGAAUCCCAAUAAUAAGGAUAAAAUUAAAUUGAAGAUCAUCCAAUAUCAACAUAAAAAAAAGGAAGACGUAUUAUCUAUCAAGAUUAAUUUAGCUUAAACUGCACUUCCAAAAUAGAAAGCAGAAGUUUAAAGACCAAAAUCUGCACUUACAAAGAAAGUUCAAAAUGAAGAGAAAAAGUAAUUGAAAAUUAAUUAUGAUCCUUAAAAAUAAUAUGAAUUAGAAUUUUUGGAAUAAUAAUAAUAAGAAGAGAUGAUUAAUGUAUAAAAACAUACAAUAUUUUUAGCUUUUGGAGAAUGAAUAAAGAUUAGAAUAAGAAAGAGAAAAACAAUUAUAUUAAAUUGAAAAUAAACAAGAAUAACUUAGAUUAGAGAAAAUAUUUUAGAUUGAAAGAAAAUAAGCAAAAUAAUAAAUACUUGAUUUGUAAGAAGAACAUAAAAAAUAGAUUGAAGAAUUUAUGUUUAAUUGA